AGCCUAGAGCUAGGAGUGUUUUCAGCCAGACAGUAUGAAAUGACUUUGAGAGAAAGUUGAAGAGUUGCUCAUGUACUGUUAGGUUAUUGUGAGGAAGGAAAAGAAGGAAGGAAGGAAGGAAGGAAGGAAGGAAGGAAGGAAGGAAGGAAGGAAGGAAGGAAACUGUGCACACAACUCUUGUAAGCAAAUGAUGGAACAAAAAGAUGGUGAUGUGUUUAAAAAAAUGAAUGUCCUAAUAGAACUAAGAAAACUUUGUAUUGCCAGAAAAAAGGAAUGGGAACAGAGCAUUGGUGGUUUCACUUACCUUUGCUACCGGUUCGCUCUGCUUGCACAGAGCGUAUUUGAUGACGUCUUGACGGGUGGGUAGAGCCUCCCGCCGCCGCUACCGAUUCACCCGAACCGGUAGCAACCCACCACUGGAACAGAGUAUAAAUCUAUCCCUAUGGAAGCAACUCCUCAGAGAAAGAAAGGGAUGUAUACAGAGGUGGGCAGCACAUGAAGUAACAACCGGUUCGCCCAGCACCAAAAAAGUGAGCGGCCUUCCACGCAUGUGCUUAGCUCAGACAUGUGGCUUGCACGCAUGCGCCCGGCUUAAAAAACGCUGCUAAAUAGGAUGGCAUAGCGCCGGGGCGGGUGGGCGGCAGGUCACCACUACCGGUUCGCCCGAACUGGUCCAAACCGGCAGCAGCCCACCACUGGAUAUAUAGCAACCCCAAUUUCAACUGAAAGUCAAGGGCUGUUACCUCACCUGCUGACAUCACAGAGAUACUGACAUGAUCCAGAUAUUUCUCUUUGUUUCCAGUGCUCCUCAUCUGAAGGGAGAGUUUGAGUAUCGGAGAAAGAAAAAGGGACUUCUCUCUCAAUAUGGAGGUGACUCGAUAUCAGUUCUCUAGGUCAGCCAACAAUUCUGAGGAAAGGGUCCUCGCUCACUAUAGUGAGGUGGUACUAUUUGUGGAAGGGGAACCAGAUAUUCCAGAAGAACUCCAAGGUGCCAAGAAAGGGAUGCUGUACCUCACUCAAUACAAAAUAAUAUUCCAGCAUAAAGAUAAGGGAUCAACCAUCAUUCGUUUUCCACUACAGCUGUUGGGAGAUUGCUUUCUGGAGGAAGAGCCCGACUCCAAACCUCAACACAUCAAAGGAACUCUGACUUCCACCCAGGGACUUCUUGCUUUCAAAUUCACUUUCCAGUAUGGAGCUUCCGAUUGCCUAAACAUGAUCAAAGAUCUAGUAGAUUCAGAUAUUUUGAAAGAGGCUACAAAUCUCCAAGAAUACCCCACCGCCUCCAUCUAUACCUACGCUCACCCUGCUGCACCACAGGCAACCCGUUCUCUCAACAUGUUACCUCUCUGGCCCCCUCCUUACCCUGGCCCCCCAGAGCUCCCCCCUCCUUAUUCUGAAGUGGAAGCAGACCCUCCAGGCAGAAGCAGAGAGGCAGAGAUCCAAGAAACCUGUUGCCAUUGCAGAGGACGAAUGAUUCAGAAUCCAGCAAACAGGCUGGACUAAACAUGUUACAGAUCCUGUGGAAACGGGGAUAAUUUAUGUGGAUGGUCUAUUAAAAUGAAAAUUAAUAACAGCUUACCAGCAAGUUUAGGAUGUUUUCCCCUCCCGCUGGUCAUUUUCAGGAACCUUCCUUCUACUCAUACGGAAGGGGGUUCAAGGCAUUACGAUUGGGAAUGGAGUCAGUUGUGCUUAAUUAUAUUGCUCCUCUUGUGUUUGAAAUCUGGCCUUGUUAGCAAAUUAGGAAGCUGUGCUAGUUUUGGCUCAUCUCAGGGGUGAAAUGCUACCAGUUCGCUCCAGUUCGUGCGAACCAGUAGCGGCAGCGGUGCUAGGUUUGGCGAACCAAUGCACUUACCUUCCGAAGGUAAAUAGAUUUCACCCCUAGCUCAUCUGGUUGGUACCUCAAGGUCUGUAUUAUUGACGCUGGCUAGCAAAAGUUCUCCAGAGUUUUAAGGCAGAAAUCUUUCUGAGCCGUUGUUAGAAAUGCCAAAUGUAUUUGUUUAUACAAAGUCAGCUUGCCUCCACAAACUGGGUCCUCAAUUUACCUACCUUAGAAAGGAUGGAAGGCUGAGUCAACCUUGAGCCUGGUGAGAUUCGAACUUACAGUAAUUGCAGACAGCUGGAUGUUAAUUACAAUGCAUUAGUCUGCUGAGCUAUCUAGGAGCAGGACGUUUCAAUGAAUAGGAAGUGACUGCAGUUGAAAAACUAGGGUGGGCGCCUUUUGAGAAGGUGACACUAGAAAUCAAACUUGUGUAUUGCUAGGAAACAUUAUUUAGGACAGUUCCGCAUAUCGCCAUUGGGUUAACUCAGGCUGAUUUGAGUUUGACUGCCUGCUCCCUUCCUAGAGUUUCAGCAUCAGUGAACCAGUGUUAUUAUGUAACAUCUGAGUUCAUUUACAAAUUGCAGAAAAAUUACAGAGUUUCUACCGAACUAUUGUGAUUGCUCCACACUCGAUCCUUAGAGAUAGAUUUCAUGGCAAAAGUUGAUUAUCUUUCUCUAUGUCUCUAGUUUUUUUAAAAAAUCAAUUAUUUUGCACAAACACAAACACAUGUGGAACUUGGAAUGGUGCGUACUAGCUUCCUGUAAUACGGAUGAAUUAAGAAUCUAUGCAGGACUCACCUUUGCCCACAGUGCUUUCUGAAGAUAUUUCUAGAUUAUUUCCUAGCCAUUGUAAACAGCAUACAUAUUCCUCGUUUACUGACCACUUGUUCAGAGACUGUUUGAAGUUACAAUGGUGCUGAAAAAAAAAUAACAUGCUACACGGCUUAUGAUAUUCUCUUGAAAUCUCUUUCUCUCCAAUCUCUCUGCUCUAUGGGGGUAUGUGGGGGGAGAAGGGUUAGUCAAAAGACAGAUUUGCCUAUAGAAAUUACUUGCCUUUUCUCUCCCCCGCUCCUGAAGAAGCAGAGAGAUUGGAGAGAAAGGGAUUUCAAGGGAGUAAGCUGUUUGCACAGCACUCCAGGGCUCCCAGCUUCGGGCUGCCAGUGCAUCACAUUGCUUGUGAUGUAUACAAGACAGUAAGCAGGGACUCGCACAUUCCAAAGUAGGCAGGCACUCACACAUUCCAAAAAAUGGAGAAGUGGCUAGGAGGCAAACAAAAACUGAAGGUGGGGAAACUGAGUAGUUUUUGUCUCUUUAUAGCUGGAAAGAACAGCCACGGUAACGUGAUUUCCCACCUAGUGGUGAAGUUGCAGAUCCAAUUAGGGUCACUAAGUCAGGACUAUCUUACUUUUUUUUUUUUAAAUAACCGGAAUAAUUGUCAAGCUUGAUGGCCAGCUAUUAAGGAACUUGAAUCCAACUUGUACUUCAAUUCUCAUAAGCAUAGCCAUUGAUCAGGCUGUCUUAAGGGUUAUUGGAACUGAUGCCUAACACAUCUGAUUCCUUUAAUACGUCCUUUACGUGGGCAUAUUCUCAUCUCCUGGUCCAAACUUCACCUUCUAGAGCAGUGAUGGCUAACCUUUUUGCUGUUGCGUGCCAAAAGCGGGGGGAGUGCGGGGGAGUUGUGUGUGCGUGUGCCCACACCCAUAAUCCAAUGUGCCCCGUGCAUGCGCACGCAACACCCCGUGCUCCCCCCACCCUGCUUUUGGCACACAAUGGCACGGUAGGCCUGUUUUUCGCCCUCCCCAGGCUCCAGAGGCUUUCUUGAAGCCUGGGGAGGGCAAAAACAGCCUUCCCCAUCCACCCAGAGGCCCUCUGGAGGCUGGAAAUGGCCUGUUUCCCGACUUCUGGUGGAACUGCAAGGCCCGUUUUUCAUCCUCCCCAGGUUCCAGAGCCUUUCUAGGAGCCUGGGAAGGAUGAAAAUGGCCUCCCUCCUCCACCCCCGGAGGGCCUCUGGAAGCUGGAAACAGCCCAUUUCCCGACUUCCGGUGGGCCCAGAAGGCCCCCAAAUCAGCUGCUCGUGCUGGAGCUGAGCUAGGGCAAUGCUCGCGUGCCCACAGAUAUGGCUCCGUGUGCCACCUGUGGCACGCGUGCCAUAGGUUCGCCAUCACGGUUCUAAAGAAUCAAAUAGUGGUAGUGAUUUUACAAUGCUUCCAUUUCCUUGAACUGGGUUGUCUAAUUCCUCCUAGUAACAGAACAACAGAGUUGGAAGGGACCUUGGAGGUCUUCUAGUCCAAACCCUUGCUUAGACAGGAAACCAGUGGUGGGUUUCAAAAUUUUUUACUACUGGUUCUGUGGGUGUGGCUUGCUGGGCGUUGCAUGGCUUGGUGGGUAUAGCUUGGUGGGCGUGGCAGAGGAAGGAUACUGUAAAAUCUCCAUUCCCACCCCACUGCAGGGGAAGGAUAUUGCAAAAUCCCCAUUUCCUCCCAAUCAGCUGGGACUCGGGAGGCAGAGAAUAGAUGGGGGGUGGGGCCAGUCCAGUGGUGGGUUGCCCCCGGUUUGCACCGGUUCUAUAGAACCGGUAGUAAAACUGGCGGGAGGCUCCGACCCCGACGUCAUCAAAAUGCUUCUGCGCUUUUGCAGAAGAGUGCGCAGGUGAACGAAGCAAGCAUGAGCGCAACCCCGUUAUAAACCAGUAGUAAAGGUAAGUAGAACCCAGCCCUGGGCCAGUCAGGUGGUAUUUACCUGUUCUCCGAACUACUCAAAAUUUCCGCUACCGAUUCUCCAGAACUGGUCAGAACCUGCUGAAACCCACCUCUGCAGGAAACCCUAUACCACUUCAUUUUAAUUUUAUUUAUUACCUGCUUAUAUCAUUCCAAAGCCAGCCCUCUGUGUGGGGCAUGCAAAAAUAAUGCCCUCAAGUAAAAUCAGAAACCAAUCAGAAAAGCCACACAAAAGUGACCAGCUAGCAACAUCAGCCAUGCAAGAUGCCCCAGUGAUACCACAUAUAUCACGAUGCCAAUGCAUUCAGUCUGCAAUCCGUGUCUUUGUAGGAUGACGUCAUGAUGUCGCUUGCUCUCUCAUAAAUCCACCCUACCGAGGCCCAUGACACAGAGCUUACAUUAAAAGCACAAAUGUCAUA